AGAAGAAGCAAAAUUGGGAAGUCGAAGAAACGGAAGCGGUGUAAAAAGUAACAGAGGCAGAUGGAACCCCCCCUGACCCCGUGAGCGUGACUGUGGCAGUUUCUUAUUCUAAUCCAUUCCCUUUCCCUCUGCCUUUGCUACCCCUUACCUAUUACCUCUUCCAAAGCUUCACCUUCUUCACCUCUUCCAAUCACAACUAACCUCGCCUCUUCCUCCAUUCCCCCCCCCCUCUCUCCCCCUAGUUUGGGGUAGGACUCAUGCUCGUCGUAGCUUAACCCUUCUAUGUCGAACAUGACCUCCAUCUCCUCUGUCGAACUCAAUUACCUAGUUUUUCGCUACCUUCAAGAAUCAGGUUUCUCUGCUCUUCCUUUCUCUUUUUGGUUCCAAAAUCCUUUUGUAUGUGUCCUAGUUCUUUUUUUUUUCCUCCUUUUUUUUUUGUUGUAUCUGAAGGAUGUUAAGGUUCUACAACGAAUACCGAGUCUUUUUUUUUGUUUUUUUAUAAAUUUAACAGUUGCGAGCUUUUUUGAGCGCUUCAAUGUUGUUCCUACGGGUUAGGGUUUACUAUUUCUGAGAAAAGGAAAAUUGAUUAGGCUGGAAAAAUGGUCCUUCGCCCUUUUUUCUCCUGGUUAAAUAUAUAAUGAGGACUGAAAAUUGUUAGAUCUGCUUCGGUAAAAUAGAUUUGGUGUUUAGACAUGAUUUUUGAAGUUCCAAAGUUUUCUGUUUAUUUUAUCAGUUAUGGUUUUUAACCAAUAUACUAUGAGAUUGUAGUUAUUUUUGGGAAUGAAAUGACAGUGGUUAUUGUUAGUAUUGUUACUGGUUGCUUUUCAUUUUAACUGAAUGAGAUGUUACGGUAAAUCAAAAUGGUGCUUGUGGUGAGCUUAAUUAUUUUCUGUUCAUACUGAAAUAUAUUCUGAUUGUAGUUGAUGUAAGUUGGUAGUUAUAUUUGUAAAAUGAUAGUAGAAUUAUUGAUUGAAAGGAAACUUUACAAAGCUUUGAGCUGUGGAACUGAGUGCUUGAGGGAAAUUAUAAAAUGAUUCACUGUUGGUUUGAAGAACAAAUGUUUGCUUGUUCUGUAGACUGACUAUUCUUGUUCAGAACCAUAUAACGUGUAAUGUAAUAUUUGUUCAAUAUAAAAUGAUUCGGUGCUUUUGCCAAAUAACAUACGCUUUUUGGCGAGUUAGGCUUCAACGGUAUGUUAGAAUAUUGAUUAGAUCCCUUAUGACCAAGUUAAUCUUCAACCCAAUUGCUAGAGGCAGAGGAGAUUGCAAACAGUUUAUAGGGAAAAUCAUUAAGAAGGAUUUAGAGGUCAAGUUCUUGCUAUAGACAUGAUAUACACAGAACAUUGUUGCUUCAUUUGACCCAUGCAACGACCCUAUCUAAUGGGACAGGCUUGGUCGUUGUUGUUGUUGCUUUUACAGAACAGCUUAAGUUUUUAGGAGAGUUGGUCCAUGAAAAUAUCCAUUAGAAAAGUGUGGAAUGAUUGUUAUUUACGCUUUGUUAAGAUGUAAAUGUGGACAUUGAUUUUGCUUUUCUAAAAUUUGAAGUGUGAAGUGAUAGAUAAUAAUACAUUGGUGCUGUUGUCUUAGAGGAGUCAUAUAGACUAGGGCAUCUAUUUGAAUUAGGAAAGCUUGAUGAGGUUGAGUUUAUAAUGUAAUUUGUUUACUGAACAAUUACAGGUCAUAAUUUUCAUUUUAUGAAGCUUUUCAUAUUUACAAAAUGGAAUGUAGCCUGCAAUUGAAUUGGUUUAUUGGCUACCUGUGUUACUUCACUGCUGCAGGUUUCACACAUAGUGCAUUUACAUUUGGUUAUGAAGCUGGUAUUAACAAAUGCCCCAUAGAUGGAAAUUUGGUGCCACCAGGUGCUCUUGUUACAUUUGUUCAGAAGGGGCUACAGUACUUUGAGAUGGAAGCCAACUUGAGUAAUCCUGCCAGUGUGAUGCAGACCUGGAAGAAGAUUUUUCAUUUUUACAACCUUUGGAUCUUAUCACAAAAGAUGUGCAUGAACUUAGACAAAUGAUAAGUGAAAGAAGGAAAAAGCUACAUAAGGAAAGAAAGAAGGAAUUUGAGAAGGAGCAUGAAGGGGAACGUGGACGGAUAAGAGAAAGAGAAAGACGUGAAAGGGAGAAAGAGGUUGAAAAGGAUAGACGCGAAAGGGAGAAAGAGGUUGAAAAGGAUAGACGUGAAAGGGAGAAAGAAGUUGAAAAGGAUAGACAUGAAAGGGAGAAAGAAGUUGAAAAGGAUAGACGUGAAAGGGAAAAAGAAGUUGAAAAGGAUAGGGAGAAGGUAGAAAAUGAUAGACAGCGAGAACAGCAGCAUGGAGAUCAUACUGUCAGAGAAAUGGUCAUAGAUCAUGAAAAUAAAGUUCCUGUAAAGCAUGAAGAGAAUGGUGCAGUUGGAGAACCAGAACCAAUGGACAUCUCUACAACAUCAACAUCUCAGCUAUGUGAAAUUCCUAGUUCAGAUGUGACGAUUUUGGAAGGUCAUACUUCAGAGGUGUGUGCUUGUGCAUGGAGCCCAGCAGGAUCUCUACUUGCAUCAGGGUCUGGGGACUCAACAGCUCGUAUUUGGACAAUAGCAGAAGGGAGAUGUAAGCCUGCUUCACAGAAUGGCCCUUUGAACGUAUUGGUGUUGAAGCAUGUUAGGGGUAAAACAAAUGAGAAGAGUAAGGAUGUCACUACACUCGAUUGGAAUGGGGAGGGGACACUUCUGGCAACUGGUUCAUAUGAUGGGCAAGCAAGAAUUUGGACCACUAGUGGUGAGCUGAGGAGUACAUUAAGCAAACACAAAGGACCAAUUUUCUCUCUGAAAUGGAAUAAGAAAGGUGACUAUCUUCUUACUGGAAGUUGUGAUCAAACUGCCAUUGUGUGGGAUGUGAAGGCAGAGGAAUGGAAACAACAAUUUGAAUUUCAUUCAGGUCCAACACUUGAUGUUGAUUGGCGCAACAAUGUGUCUUUUGCUACAAGUUCCACGGACAAUAUGAUAUACGUUUGCAAGAUUGGGGAAACCCGCCCUAUAAAAACUUUUGCUGGUCACAAGGGUGAAGUUAAUUGUGUCAAAUGGGAUCCCACAGGUUCAUUGCUGGCCUCCUGUUCUGAUGAUAUCACCGCAAAGAUAUGGAGUAUGAAGCAGGAUAACUAUCUUCAUGACUUACGGGAGCAUUCCAAGGAGAUAUAUACUAUCAGAUGGAGCCCCACUGGUCCUGGAACCAACAAUCCUAAUCAUAAAUUGGUGUUAGCUAGUGCUUCAUUUGAUUCAACUGUGAAGUUAUGGGAUGUGGAGCUCGGGAAACUCAUUUACAGCUUGGAUGGACACAGGCAUCCCGUAUAUUCUGUUGCAUUCAGUCCCAACGGUGAGUAUUUAGCCAGCGGGUCUCUUGAUCGAUCCAUGCACAUAUGGUCAUUAAAGGAAGGCAAGAUUAUCAGAACAUACACGGGCAAUGGAGGCAUUUUUGAGGUCUGUUGGAAUAAGGAGGGUGACAAGAUCGCCGCAUGUUUUGCAAAUAACACAGUGUGUGUUUUGGAUUUCAGAAUGUAAGAUCUGAGUAGCACUAAGUUCUCCUGGCUGGUACAUUAUAUUCUUUCUUUCCCCCCCCAUUUAGAUGAGAUCGGUGGAUGUGUAUCUUGGGUGGGUAGGUUACCCAUUUUAACCAUAGUUGUAGGCUUAACUCAAUUGUCCUUGAAUCCUGUUGUAAUUUGCUAUAACAUUAGUGAAAAGUAGUUUGUAGCAGUGCAUUCUUAAUAAGCAAAAAUGUAUAGAUUUAGUUGGACAAUAUCCUGUAUAAGUAUUGCUUGACGUCUGUAUUUUGCAUCCAUGUGUGCUAUUUAAAUUGUCUCUAUUAGUAAAACUAGCUGAAAGUUUAUAGCU